AUGCAAGCCUUAUGGCUUUCCUUGAAGGACAAUGUCAAAUGUGGAAACAAACUCAGUGAUGUAAUAAAGCUACCACCAAAAUUUGGCAAAGGAAAUAGCUUUGUGCUACAAAAGGAAGAGAAAAUAAACAAAGAUGAAGAAGAAGAAAGCUUCCCCUUCAUGAAAACUCCAGCGAGGAUACUUGUUUCCAAGCCAAACAAGACACAGGCUCGACUUUACGAGCUUGGGAUUGGAGAUCCAUCGAGAAAAAUUGUCGAGAUGAUAUUUCAGAAAGCAUCAAUGAACACAUUGAAGCAUUCGAGGAAGGUGAGAACAGUUCUAAGGGUCAGAUAUUCGGAACAUGUUCUUGAAAGAUUUGAGAAAUACAGAGAAGAAGUGAAGAAACAAUAUCCAAAGCAUCCAAGAAGCACAGUAGAUGGAAAUGAAUUGUUGAGAUUCUAUGUCACUACAAUGAGAUGCUUCCAAGGGAAGAAAGUUCAUGAUCUUUGUGAAGAUUCGUCGUGUUGUUUUUGUCAAAUAAUUCAGUUCAACUUCGACACAGAACAGACUGAGAUUCAGUUGAAUAUAAGUGACAGAAAAAGUGUCAAUGCAAGAGUGAAGAAUGUGAAAAGAGUUUCAAUAGUUUGUAGAGUAAUUGCUGGAAGUUCAGUGAAUGAAGUUGAUGGUGAAUAUGAACAAGGGUUUGAGAAUGAAAUGCAAUUUAGCUUACAAAGAUUUGUAGUGAAAAAUCCAUGUUCUAUUCUUCCUUGUUUUGUCAUAAUUUUUAGUUGA